AGGUACGCAGGCUUGGGGUUCGAUGACAACAUCAUGGGGGACCCCGCCACGCCGGGGGCGCAGAACGUGUGCAUGCUGGCGGCCUUCGGGAACGGCGGCGUGGUGGACGACAACUGUGUGCCCAUCGUGGGGACCACGGCGAAUGAGUUCAACGGCAAUCCGGAGCAGCAUUACUUCGGUAUGGAGGGCUUUGACUGUGGCUUCAACUUCAUGGCCUACUCGGCAGGUGAUACCAUCAAUUGGAACUAUCCCUUGGGCAACACCUGCAUUGGAGAUGCCGACCUGGACCUUGGGCUCACCUCGAUUUAUUGCAUGUUUUCCAGCAGCUGCGGACUGGGAGGAGCUGCGGAGACAACCACAACCACGACCACAGUGACCACGGGGACAACAACCUCCGCCACUUCAACGGCCACCAGCACGGUGUCUACCAUUUCAUCCACGUACACCGCAACCAGCAUCACGGCCACUCAAACUUUGACCUCUUCUACAGCCACGGCGACUACCGUGUCCGCCACAUCAACGCUGACGACAAAGACGGCAACGACUUCGCAGACUAUGCCACCGACCACAACUGUCACCACGGUCACAACGGUGACCGCUACACAGACUGCCACAGAGACAGCUGUGGCAACAACUGUGGCAACAACUACGACAACAACUACGACAACAACUACUACGACGACAACUGAGGCAACCACUACGACAAUAACUACGACAACAACUGUGGCAACAACUACGACAACAACUGCGACAACAACCACGACAACAACCACGACAACUGUGGCAUCAACUACGACAACAACUGUGGCAACGACUACGACAACAACUACGACAACGACUACGACAACAGUGGCAACAACUACGACAACGACUACAACAACAACUGUGGCAACAACUACGACAACACCUGCGGCAACAACUGUGGCAACAACUACGACAACACCUGCGGCAACAACUGUGGCAACAACUGAGACCCAAUCGGACACAUCAACUUCCACCACACCUGGCACAACGCAGGGACCUACCACUAGCACAGCAACCACGACUUCACCAGGAACAACAACAGCUGCAAUUACCACUACAGCAGCCACCACCACAAUUUCUUCUGCGCAAACGACUACCAUUUUAGACACUACCAAUGCUCCUGUGACCUCUACUAUGCAGAAGUCUUCCACCCCUGCGGCGCCAACAGAUUUGCCAUCCACAACGAAUGCAACUUUUGCAACGACUGCGUCAAUUAAUGCCACCUUUGACACAGGCAGAGCCUGCACUGAUGUGCCUCAGAUCGCCAACAGCGUGGAUCUCUCCCACUGCGUGGAUACGGGGAGCAACGAGAGCUGCCAGGUCGCGUGCGCAGCGGGCUACACCCAUGGGGUUCCACAUAGUCGUGUGGAAGGUGCUGCAACUCUUGACCAUGGCGCUGUGUGCAGAUGGCUGCGAUCAACCAAGGAUUUCCCGAUCUUGAUCUGCCGGGAUGGUUUUUGGCAUGCGCAAGGUGAAUGCUUCCAGGAUGGCGCGAAUGCGACGCAAGUGGGCGCUGCGCAGAUCCUGCUUCAGCUCAGCUUGGAGAUCGAUGGUGCAGCUGAAAGUGGCCUGGCCUGGGCCCAGCAGCACCAGGAGCCGCUGCACUGGGCCUUCGCCAGGACACUUAGCAACCACCCGGCUGAGCUGCGCCUGGAGCUCCUGGCGCCCCCGGCGUCGGCUCGCACGCGGCGCCUUUCGGUGGCCUUCGGGGCACGGCUCACGUGGCUGCUGGGGGCAGCGCCAUCCCUCGCCGCGCUACAGCAAGCAGCGCAGGAGCUGGCGUCGCUUGCUGAGGUGGAUGGGCAGACCCGCUUCGAAACGGCGCUCCGCGAGCAGCUGAACACCACCAUUGCCGCCACCGCCCAGACCAGCGGCCCAGAGGUGAUCGAGGGCUACCUCCUGCCGGAGGCCCACUGGCAGCUAGGCGCUUGGGACACCGCCAGCUGCGACGCCGUCUGCGCGGAUGGCGGCAACCUGUCGGCGGCGGAGGAGGUGGCGGAGGUCUUCUGCAGCCGGGGGAUGUGGAUGCUGUGUGCAGGCCCCGCGGAAGCCUUCGCCGGCAGCCCGCCCAGCGGGACGCGGCCCUGCCGCCAGUGUGCCGCGGGUCCCCAGGAGGCAGCGGUGCCAGUGUGGGCAGUGUUGCUGGGGCUCGCAGUGGGCUUUUGUUGCUGCACGAUCUUGGGCGUGUUCCUGGCCGGGAAGUGCCUCAAGUGGGUGGCGAGGGCCAUGCCGGCGACGCCGUUCGCGGGGAAGCAGAACCUGAAGGACAUGAAGAUGGAGGCCAAAUACCACGUGCAGCCUGCGGCGAGGCGCAUGAAGUCUCGGAAGACUGUAGGCUUCGAGGACACAGAGGGCGGCUUCCUGCGGCGGCUCACCACCAUGCGGCCAACCAGCUCCAUGCAGAGCGCGCGGUCCACGCAGACGGGUGCUUCGGAGGCGGAGGUGGCGGGGACCAAGACCAAGGUGAUUUGGGACGUGGACAUGUCGCAGCUUUCGACCAUGUUUGUGCAGCAGACCUAUUCCUCAAAUGUGGCGCCUGAGAACUCGAACCCGUCGUCGCCCAGCCCAACUGGCCGUGCUCAAAGAGUUGGAAAGAAGCCAUCUUUCGAGAUCGAGGACGUUGAAAACCAGAAAUCUGGCAAUGAAAGCCCCAGCCAGCUUUCACCGGCUGGCCGAGAGCGAUCGGGGACCUUACUGGACAUGCCGGAUGGCCCUGUCUGUAAACUCGAGACAGUUGAGACUACCAUCACCCUUCGAAACUCAACUCUGUGAUUCUCACAGUGCGAGUCUGUUUUGGUUGAACUUGAUGGCCAUUGCGAGCACCAUUACCACCUGUUGGAUGUGGU